CUGCCUCUGUGUUGCACUCUGUAAUGCAUGAAGGCUGCAUCUCCCUGCUGGACAGCAGACGCUGCUAGAGGGACGCUUCUUUAUCAAAGACUGCGCAAGUUACUGAUGUUUCAAGAGGAGCCGCCUCCAAAGCGGUCUCUCUUUGGGCUGUUCAGAAGUAGUGGCUGCCUGUGUGUGAUUUGAAAGUGCAGUGCUGUCCACCGUGAACAUUUCUAAUCACGGUCCUGGAGGGCUAUUCCAUUCCAGGUUUUACAGGGGUUGAUCGGGAUACAGCUGGUGGUCAGUCUCCUGAUGGCGAGCAUCAUGCAGAGACUGGCUCCUCACUGCUCCUUCGCUCGCUGGCUCAUCUGUAACGGCAGCCUGUACAGGUUCAAACAUCCUUCGGAGGGGGAGCUGUGUGCGCUGGCUGGGAAGCAGAUACCCAAGAACACCAAGAGAGAAAGGAGGCAGAAUGGAGUGUCGGAGAACAAACCGCUCACCGUGCCGAAAGACAUCGACCUGCAUUUGGAAGCGGCUCCUGUCAAAGCUAUGGACGCUCUGGUGCUGCGCUUCUUCCUGGAGUAUCAGUGGCUGAUUGACUUCGCUGUCUACGCCGCUGGCGUCUCCCUGUUCACGGAGGGAUAUUACUGCCUGGUGGACGGCAGCAAGGAGGUCAAUAUCGGGGCCAUCUGGUGCCUCCUGACCAUCGCGUUCUCCCUCAAGGUGCUCUUCACCCUGAUGAGUCACUACUUCCGCUCAGAGGAGGGCGGCGAGCGCUCGGUGUGCCUGGCCUUCGGCUUCCUCACCCUGCUGAUCGCAAUGCUGGUGCUGGUGGUGCGAGACGAGUACCUGGAGUUCGGACUGGAGCCCGGUUUCGCAAACUUGUUUGAUAACUUGGAGAUUUUCCUCAGACAGCAGGGAUGGGAGUGGUCGGUGCCCUUCACCAAGCUCACUGUCAAGCUGGGCCUGGCUGCUUUCUGCUCUUUCAUUGGUGCCCUGCUCGCCUUCCCUGGACUCCGAUUGGCUCAGACCCACCUGGACGCUCUCAAGAUGACAUCAGACAGGCCCAUGAUGCAAAUCCUCCUGCACGCCAGCUUCCUGUCCCCAGUGAUCGUGGUCCUGCUCUGGGUGAAGCCCAUCACCCGUGACUUCCUGGAGAACGCGCCCCUCGGCAAGCAGUCCGUCACACUGAUGUCCAGCUCCACCUUUGACUCUGUCCGCUUGUGGACGGUGGUGGCUCUGUGCGCACUUCGCCUGGCGGUCACUCGGAUCCACCUGCAGGCCUACCUCAACCUGGCUGACCGCUGGGUGCAGCAGAUGAAGAGGGAGGCGGGGCGCAUCGCUGCCAUCGAUAUCCAGAGGAAGGUGACUCGUAUCUUCUGCUACCUGACUGUCGUGACUCUGCAGUACCUGGGACCCAUCCUGCUCAUGCUGUUCUCCACCCUGCUGCUCAAAUCAAUGGGUGAUUACUCGUGGGGUUUGUACCCCGAGUCCCCUAGGGUGACCCCGGCUGUGCGCACCGCCCCUGUGGUUCUGUCCCCUAGCCUGGACGAGGAGGGGGAGGAGAUCGAGGAGGACAUCCAGGCGACGGUGGCCCGUGUCUCGGAGGCCCUUGGCUCCCUGCGCAGCGUCUUCACCCCCCUCUUCUACCGCGGCCUCUUCGCCUUCCUCACCUGGUGGGUGGCAGCCUGCCAGCUCAUCACCAGCUUGUUCGGAGUCUACUUCCACCAGUACCUCAUGCAGUCAUAGUCCCGGGUCAGUGUGUCACUGCUCUCUUUGUCUUGGACUCUGAAGCAGUUAGCAGCUUCAAUCACUGAUCGCUCUACUGCUGAGCUGUUGAAUCCAGCCCAGGAGAAUAUAUUGGACUGUGAAACAAGGUUACAUGGUGGAUACUAGGAGUUAAAAGCUAUAGAUAUUGUCAACAAGGUUGCUAAAAGAAUUUCAUAUAUUCUUACUGUGUUUUUUGGGUUUUUUUUUUCGAAUUUAAAUGUUUAAUCUGCGUCAGACGUUGUAGAGCACAGCUCUCUGGCUCACAGCCAGGGUGAUUUUGAAUCUGGCAGCUCAGAGGAUGGCACUGAUCUGAUAGGAUGACUUUUUUGAAAGUUGCUAAAAUAUUACUUGCUAGAAAACGACACACAGCUGACUGAUUCUUUUUAACAAUUUCUGGCGAUUUUUGCAUUUGACCCUUUUAGUAAAAUACAUUUGGAGGGGGAGGGAUUUUAAUCUUGCCUUGUGCUAUUGCCUCAAAAUAGGAUCCAAUUAUAAUUUUUUUAACAGUAUUUCAAGUGCCUGGACCGCAUGAUUUUGAAGUCCUUUGUUGUUUCUUGUCAAGCCAAAAAAAAUGUUUUUAGAGACCCUGCAGAAAUCUUUUUCAAAGGUCCUUACUCGCCUCCCUCAUAUUGCUGAGACAGUCCUCUGUGCAGACGACUCCAUUGGGAGUGUUUCUUUAUGUAGUGAGUUUAGGGCUUGGGUUGUGCUCUUAAGAGUUUUCUUCAUAGCUGCAAAUCAGUCAUGAAUCCACACCUCACAUAGGGACAUGUAUGAACUGUUUCAGUUGCAUUACCUGGAGCUAUUUUCAUAAAGUUUGUCUGAAGCUAUUUCAAUUUUGUGGCUUGCUCAAUCUGGAUUGAUUAUCCUUGCAUUUUUUUUUUUUGUAAAGUUAUUUUUUGUGUGUUUUUCAUUAAGAAAGAAAAACGCAGCAAAACCUUUUCUCUGUAGCAGUUUAAUCUAUUGAAUAAAUCUAUUUAUUGAAAAGAAACGGUGGCAUGUUGUGAGACUGAUGGGUGUGAGUUUUAAUAAAACAAGAACAAUGUUUUGAAGGUAAA